GUGCUCAGCGGGUGGUUGACAGUAGUGAUGUGACGCCUUGUCGGAGGAACUGGGUUCAAUGCCGGAGUGUUAGUCCGCGGUCUGGAUCCCAGAAGCACCGAGGAGAAGAGCCCGACCUGUCCGACCGAGAGGCCUCACUCAUGGGGGAGCAGCAGCAGCGGAGUCCGGGGGGAGAGCGGCUCUUCCGGCUGUCGGAGAUCCAGGAGCAGAACUCCUUCAAAUCCACAUGGAUCAUCAUUCAACACAAAGUCUACGAUGUCACCAAGUUCCUGGAGGAGCACCCCGGGGGAGAGGAGGUGCUGAGGGAGCAGGCGGGAGGAGACGCCACCGAGAGCUUCGAGGACAUCGGACACUCCAGCGACGCCCGAGAGAUGGCGAGCAGCAUGGUGAUAGGAGAGCUGCACCCGGACGACAGAGAGAAGCUCGUCCAACCGGAGGAAACACUGGUGACCACUGUGAAGGACCAGACCAGCUGGUGGUCUAGCUGGUUGAUUCCGUGUCUGGUGGCGGCCAUUGUCACGCUGAUGUACCGCAUCUUAACCAGCGAGUGACAUCAUCAGAGAUGCAGCUGUGCCUCUGUCCGUCCUACACUACCCACAAUUCAUUUCCAUGCUAUUUAACCAACCAAUCAUGCGGCAUUAUGCUAAUGAAGUCAUGCACGUUGUUGAAUUUACCGUCACACUGUGAAAUAUGGAUGUUUUAUAAAAUCUUGUAGAAAUGCAGCGGAUGUAUGAGAAGUUGUAUCUUUUUGAAUCUUUGUAGCUGAAUGUAAACGAGUGUGUGAAUCAGAGCAUCAUGAGGUCAUCAUGAGGUCAUCAUGAGGUCAUCACGCAGCAGUCAUGUGACUGAAGUUAUCCACCCUGACGUCUCUGCCCUGGUAACUGGAAUCGGACCAAAGCCACGAUUCACUGACUCGGGUUUAAAAUAACUUUUCAUCUUCAGUUGCUCGCAGAAAGAAAAUAAUCGGUGACUGUUAAUAAAGAUGGCCGACACGUUUCAACUGCCCAUUGUCCAGAAAUGAAGCCAAAAGAUCUCUGAUACAAACGCCACCGUUUUGUCCAGUUGGAAUCGAGGCCCUGCCCACACACGCUUCUUCUAAAGGGACACGGAGUUUGCCAGCAGGGGGCACCACUGAGUCCCUUUACAUGAAUAUAUUGAAGUUAAAGAAGAAUUUUAAACUCCAGAAAAGUUAUAGUUUAAUUUCAGAACAUCAGCUAAAGUUUUUUGUUUCAUCCGCUUGUUCCUGCUUUUUAAAUUUCAGCUGAAACUUUGAUUUAUUUCAAACGUUUCUGCAUCAAAACAGAAAAAACUUUAGAAUCAUGUUUCAAAUUAUCUUGGUAUCUUCGAUCGUAACGUAAUUUCCUCUGCAGACGCAUUCGGUGGUUUGACUUCAGACUGAAGCUGAUUGUUCAUUUAUAUUAAUUUAUAAUCAAUACGAGAAGUGGAGAAAUACAGUAAAACCUGAGGCAGAACUUUAAUGUCAGAGUUUGAUUCACACAGUUUCAUCUGAGUUUAAUCAUUAAAACAGAAAAAUCGAACAUUGAUGAUUCAGAAAAGUUUCACUUUCAUUUUCACGUUUUGAUUUACACAAUCAGAAGUAAAGUAAUUUAAAUCCCUGCUCGUCUCCAGCGUGUGGGUGCUUGAGCCUUGGUGCAGUGCAUGCUGGGAAGUGUAUGCUGAUGAGCUUUAAGUCAAUGAUCCACUGGACAUUCACAGACUCAGGAUCAGAAACUGUUUCAACUGUUUAAACGGAUCCAGAGUCAAUGAGGAAACAAACGUUCAUCUGAUGUAAAAGUUUAUAAAAGAAAAUAAAACUUAUUACAGCAAAAAA